AUGGCUUCUACAACUUCUUGGGUCCCAUUGGACCGAAACGGCGACUUCUCAAUUCACAACCUGCCCUUUGGCAUCUUCUCUGAGGGCACCUCACAACCCCGCGCUGGAGCUCGAAUUGGCGAUUUUGUCAUUGAUCUCAAGGCGCUGGCCAGCGAUGAGCAGGCCAAACAGCAGCUGAGCUCUCUUGGCGAUCUGGAAGCCGUCUUUGGACAGUCGUCUCUCAAUGCCUUUGCCGAGCGCGGGCGCUCCGUGCAUCGUGCUGUGAGAGGCGAUCUUCAGCGCAUUCUAAGCCAGUCGACCGAUGUGCCGGCCAUUCUCAAGGACAACGAGGCGCUGAAGCAAAAGGCGCUGAUUCCAGUCGAAAAGGUCAAGAUGCAUCUGCCGAUGCAGAUUGGAGACUACACCGAUUUCUACGCGGGCUAUCACCACGCCUACAAGGUUGGUGUCCUGUUCAGAGGACCCGACAAUGCGAUGCAGCCCAAUUACACACAUCUGCCUGUGGGCUAUCACGGCCGCUCUUCCAGCAUCGUCGUCUCUGGGACUCCCAUCCGACGACCUCGCGGUCAGAUCCUCCCCAACCCGGCAGCGACCCCCAAGGAGCCGAUUACGGUGGCUUGCCGCCGACUAGACUUUGAACUGGAGCUGGGGUGCUUCAUAUGUAAGCCCAACGAGAUGGGCGAGUCAAUCGACAUCAGCAAGGCCGAGGAAUACAUUUUCGGCUUCGUUCUCUUGAACGACUGGAGCGCCCGUGAUAUUCAGGCGUGGGAGUAUGUCCCUCUGGGGCCAUUCAACGGCAAGAACUUUGGCUCAACCAUCAGCCCAUGGGUUGUCCUUGCAGACGCGCUGGAGCCCUUCCGCACCGAGGCGCUGCCAAACGACACCCCCGUGCAGGAUUAUCUCAAGGAGACGCAGAAGAAGAGCGUGUUUGACAUUCAGCUCGAAGUCAGCCUUACCACUGAGAGCGGCGACCACGUCAACUUGACCAAGACGAGCGGCCGGAACCUGCUCUGGUCCUUCCCACAGAUGAUUACGCACCACACCGUCGGCGGAUGCCCCAUGCGGGCCGGAGACUUGUUAGGGUCCGGAACCAUUAGCGGCACAGAGCCUCACGAGCGCGGCAGCUUGUUGGAAAGGACCGAGGGCGGCAAAGCUGAUGUCCAGCUGGAGAAGGGUGGUGUGCGCCGCUUCAUCGAGGACGGCGAUAGCCUGAACAUGAGGGGAUACUGUGAGAAGGAUGGUGUGCGGAUCGGAUUUGGUGACUGCGAGGGCAAGAUUCUGCCUGCUCAUGGGCCAUGA